AUGUCGUUUCUCCAAGCCAGUUCGACCACGAGCACCAGUGCUACCACUGGCCAGGAAUUGAUCAAUGAUAUCACCGUCAACAACCCCCCUGAAGACACGGUCUCCGACUUGUCGUUUUCGCCUCAGCAGGACUUGUUGGCAGUGGCUUCCUGGGACAAGAAGGUCCGGAUCUACGAGAUCGACCCCAGCUCCGGCAACAACCAGGGCAGAGCGUUGUACGAGCACGCAGCGCCUGUAUUCAGCACCAGCUGGACGUUUGACGGUACCAAAGUGGUGAGUGGUGGUGCCGAUAAGCAAGUCAAGCUCUUUGAUAUACAAUCACAGCAAGCGCAACAGAUUGGCGCCCACGACCAGCCCAUAAAGUGUGUCAAGUAUGUGGAGUGCGGGUCCACCAAUACUCCGGCAGUUGUGUCGGCAUCGUGGGAUAAAACAUUGAAAUACUGGGACAUGAGAUCGCCCCAGCCCAUCACCACGAUCAAUUUACCAGAGAGAGCUUACUGUAUGGACACCAGCCAGAAGUUGCUCGUGGUAGGGUGCGCAGAGAGACACCUCGCCAUCAUCGACUUGAACAAUCCCCAGCAGAUCUUCAAAACCACCCAGUCUCCCUUAAAGUACCAAACCAGAACUGUCGCAUGUUACCCACAAGGAAACGGCUACGCUGUGGGGUCCAUCGAAGGAAGAUGUGCCAUACAAUAUAUCGACGAUGCCGAGCAAAGUAAGUAUGGGUUCUCGUUCAAGUGUCACCGUAAACAACCCAACGCCACCACCUCCACCACCUCGGCCAUCCGUGGGUCCACCAGCAACGAGUCCCACGCGUACGCCGUGAACUCGAUUGCAUUCCACCCGGUGUUUGGUACUUUCAGCACUGCUGGGUCCGAUGGAACCUUCUGUUACUGGGACAAGGACGCCAAACAAAGAUUGAAGUCCUUCCCAGGCCUCGACCAGACCAUCACUGCCACCACCUUCAACAGAACCGGUACCAUAUUCGCGUACGCUUUGGGGUACGACUGGUCCCAGGGCUACAUGGGCAACAGACCCGACUACCCUAAUCAAAUCAAAUUACAUGCUGUCAAGGAAGAGGAAAUCAAGCAGAAGAAGAAGCGUUAG